GGUUUUUGGCUGAUAGCGUGAAUCGCCUCUGUCAAUGAUAACGGAUCAGCGCUGUCAUUAUUAUCCAUUCUGGACACAGACUUCUUUAUACGAGAAACAGAACACGGAGCAUUAAAUCGCUGUCACUUCGACUGUUAAACUUCCCCCAUCGUUUGUCUUGUCUGAUGCAUCCUAGCUUUCGCCGUCUACUUCCUUUGCCUCAAUUUCCAGGCUUUCAUGGAUGAUUCGCAAUUGUCUGGGUCUGGGGAUUUUAUUGUUGCCGGAAAGUGGCGUCUCAUCCGCAAAAUAGGCAAUGGAUCAUUUGGUGCUAUAUUCCUUGGCGUCAAUGUCCACACAUCGGAGGAAGUGGCUGUGAAAUUGGAACGGAUCAAUGCUAGACAUCCCCAGUUAUAUUUUGAGAGCCGCGUUUAUAAAGUGUUGCAGGGCACUUCGGGUAUUCCACAUAUACAAUUCUACGGCUUGGAUGGCGUCCGAAACAUGUAUCAUGCACUUAUCAUGGAUUUACUCGGUCCCAGUUUGGAGGACUUGUUCACUUUCUGCGGCAGACGAUUCACCAUGAAAACUGUACUGAUGCUGGCAGACCAGAUGCUGUGGCGGUUGGAUUUCCUGCACGGCAAGAACUUUAUCCAUCGUGACAUUAAACCGGACAAUUUUCUGAUGGGGAUCGGUAGGAAUUGCAACAAAGUAUUUUUAGUGGACUUCGGAUUGGCCAAAAAAUUCCGAGAUUCACGUACACGUCGGCAUAUACCGUAUCGAGAGGACAAAGCACUCAUCGGUACUGCGCGUUACGCCAGUCUUAACUCACACGCUGGUGUCGAGCAAUCGCGCCGAGAUGAUUUGGAAUCACUGGGCUAUGUGUGUAUGUAUUUUCUCCGUGGCAGCCUUCCAUGGCAAGGUCUAAAAGCGGCUAACAAGACGCAAAAAUAUGAACGAAUUUACGAGAAGAAAAGCAGCACUGCCGUGGAUGUUUUGUGUCGUGGCUACCCCGCAGAAUUUUCCAUCUACUUUGAUCACUGUCGCAGUUUGCGUUUUGACGAGACGCCCAAUUACGGAUUCCUCCGCAGCAAUUUUCGUAAUCUGUUCCGUACACUCUCCUUCGUGUGGGAUUAUGUCUUUGACUGGACCCUGCUACGGCAGAAAGCUUCCGCGGUACAACAACAGUGUCACGGCGCAGGCGUGCUCAAUCGCGACCAGGUGCCGGGCACUAGCGCUCCCCUCGUGUCUCCGGGUGCAACUGCCGGAGCGACUGCGAUUUGUACAGGCGCUGCCAUUCCUAUCGGAGAUAAUCCAAAAGACGGCCGAGAUGCACCCCACCGAUUAGCAACAGAUAUGAUCCAGUCCUCCGCAAAAUAGUCUUUCUCCAGUUUCCAAAACGUCGUUACGUGAUUGAUGCAGGGUUUUACCUCAGCAUACAUUGUCUUUCCACCCGAUUACUUGCCUCUCGUGUGGCCGAUUUCCCCAUCAAAACAAAUAACGCAAAUAUUGUGGUCGUCAAUUUUGACCGUUUGUUUUUAACCUCAUUUUGUCUCCAAACAAUGGCGUGUUUAACAAUGCUACCACCAAAGCAACCCAGGACGUGAGCCGCUUAGUUUCCUCGAUUUGUGCCCUCUGUCACAUCCACCAAGUACCAUCUCAGUUUGAAGUCACUUUGCAUCGGAGGGUUUUUGCCUAGGAAAAGGUCCCACUGCACUUCCUUGCCAACCAGGUAAAGCUUGUCAAAAGCGCCCAACGUGACUUUGUUCUUAUUUUCUUCAUCUUCAUUGGUUUCCCAUGCUUGGCCUCGCGCUUCAAUCCUCUUCUCGCCCACCGUGAUCACGCCGGGCAUCUUUUAUUCCCGGACUUGUUGCCUUCUUUUCGCGUUUAUUUUUUCCAGUUCACACCUCCCAUCUGAGACACGCUGACCGCUAUUUCAUCGGUGAAAUUCCGGCUCAGUGCGUUGGCACAUCUGCUUCCUCUCUUGCUUCGUCGGGUAUCAAUCAGGUAUCCGUGAUGUACAGCCCAUCUUGAAAGCAUCUUCUCUCUCCAAUGCAUGUGUAUGUGCAAAAUGUGCUACAUUUAAUCAUCUCGUGUCCCCUCCCACAUUGGAUGAAACCAGCACUUCGACUUAACCGCGCCUCCACCGCCUUUUCCGAUCAAACUUUUGUGUUGUGUGUGCGUGUGCGCGCAUGUAGAUUGAUGGUGUUAUGAGUUCCACACCCAGCGCUGUAGUUACUUAUUCCAUAUGACUCACCAGAUUCUGUGAAUGCGAAUAAUUCCACCAAGUGAGCUACUCCAGUCAACGUAUACACUCUUGUACUGCACACACACAUCCCUUUUGAUUUCGAUUCCAGUGCAGUAGGGUGGCCUGUCCACUGUGUCAUGCCUUGGGUUAUG